AUGUCGACUCGCAACGGCCGACGUGGCAUGGGCCCAUUCGGCGCCAACAAGCCGAGCGGCGUGCGGAUGAACCGCAAGAACCUCCGCAGCGUGCGUGAGAUGACCCUGGACCACUACGAUGCCGAGUACAUGUAUCUGCGCGAAAACGAGCUUAUAAGCUUUGACUGUGACGUGAAGAUGGAGCAGCUUCUCGUACUUGAUCUGUCCAUCAACGAGAUCACCGGCGCGGUCGACUUCCUGAAGCGCACGCCCCAUCUUCACCACCUCUACAUGACCGGAAACAAGAUCGACACCCUCGCCGGGAUUUCCAACUUUGCCGCCAUCGAGACGCUCUGCCUCAGCGACAACGCUAUCAGCUCGUUUGCAGGUCUUGAGAACUUGCCGAACCUGCGCGUGCUCUCGCUGAACUUCAACAACAUCACGAGCUUCGAAAGUUACCCGACCUUGCCUAACCUGCACACACUUAACCUGGUGGGCAACCCCAUCACGGAUGCCCCCAACUACCGUUCGAUGGCUAUCGCGGUCAACGGGCUGAACCUCAUCUCCGUGGACGGAAACCCGGUGCAGGUCGAGGAGCGCGCUGAGGCGGAUAAGUACAAGGGCAAGGUCGUCCACUGCGUGCGCGAGGGCUUCACGGUUGAGGGCGAGAACCCGGAGAAGGCCGCUGGUGCCUUCAUGGUUAAGAUGCAGCGCAACCGUCAGGACGCCAAGUACCUGCAGCUGUGCUCCAUCAACCUCGCUCCUGUUUCGGAGGAGGUCGGCGACAUCAUGGAGGGCAGCCCAGUGGCGCUGUCGCUGUGCAUGCAGGAUGUGCGUCCGUACGCGCAGCGCACCACGGAAGUUUUCCAGUCCAGCUACCUGUACCCUGUCAUCUUCAAGGUGUCCGGCGAGGCCUCGGAGGUGUUCGUGGUGGGGUCCAUGAACAACUGGACGGAGCCGAUAAGCCUCGAGCGGUGCGUUGAAGGCGACGAGGUGUACUUCCACACAACCCUGUACCUCCCCGCGGGCGACUACGAAUACCGCUACAUCGUGGACGGUGUGGAGAAGGUGUCUGAAGCAAACAGCAUGCCCUCCAAGUACAAGCAGGGCUUCUGCAACAUCUACAAGGUGGCGGAGCUGGAGCCGCAGGAGGAGGAUCAGGACACAAUCCUCUACAUCCGUUGGAUGCGCAGCUCCCCGAGCGGCUCGUAUGAGGUGAUUGAGGACGAACACACCCUCACUUACACACCGACGGCGGCGGACAUCAAUUGCUGCCUGCGCGUUGAGGUGCUGGCCUACGUGAACGGUGAAUUCUCCUUCCUCUACUUUGACAUCUCGACGCCGACGAAGCCGGCCCCGCCACAGUGCCCACGUCUCGAGGUAACCGGGGUGGCGGUGGAGGGUGGUCUGCUGACGGCAGAGGCAGAUUACUUCGGCGGCAUCGAGGGCAACUCGUCUCUCGUGUGGUACCGCAUCUCGCCAAGCGGCGAUGAGGUGGCUGUGGACGUCAUGGACCCGUGGGCGGGCUACGAGUUGACUCGCCACGAUAUCGGGUGCCGCAUCCGUGCCGAGUUUACACCUGUCCGCAACGACUGGGCUGCCGGCGAGCCCAAGUCCGUGACGACGAACCCUGUGAUCGCCUGCUCCCCGGAGUGCCGCACCAUCAAGAUCAUCGGCAAUCUGGCCCAGGGCAGCCAGCUGGAUGUGGAUGUCGAGUACAAAGGCGGUGAGGAGGGCAAGAGCUUCUACCAGUGGCUGCGCAAGGCGAACAGCAAGAGCGAUUACACACCCAUCUCUGGGGCCAACGGCACCAAGUACGUAGUGAAACCGGAGGACGUGGGCCAGUACCUGGCCGUAGAGUACACUCCGGUCAAUGCGGAGGGCGUCGUCGGUGAGACAUGCCGCUGCGUCUUGAACAACCCGAUCGACGCUGCCGUGCCCAGCGUGAGCCACCUCACCAUUGUUGGUGAGCUCAUGGAGCAGCACACUCUGACCCUCAAAUAUGACUACACAGGCGGCCAGAGCGGCACGCACAUGAUCCAAUGGUACCGCCGUGACAAGAAGCGAAGCCACAUGACAAAGAUCGGGUCGCCGAACAGCAACUUUGUGACUCUGACCAACAAGGAUGUGGGGUGCUCGAUCGAGGUCUCGCUCACGCCGGUGCGCCGCGAUGGCGUAACUGGUAAGGUUGUGACGGCAAAGCGUGCCGGUACCGUGGAGCCGUGCGCGCCGGAGGUGAAGCUGCUCAACAUUGUGGGGGAUCCGGUCGUGGGCAAGGAACUCCAGCUUCAGGUGGAGUACUGCGGCGGGACGGAAGGUGAGUCGAUCGUAAAGUGGGAGGUUGAAAAUCCCCGAACCGAGGAGUUCAACGUCGUCGCUGCAAAUGCGAGGGCCUACACGGUGAAGAGGGCGGACGCGAACAAGAUGCUCAAGGUGACCUACACUCCCGUGCGCAGUGACGGCGACCAGGGCGCCCCCAAGACGCGCAUGGUGCAGGUGAAGGGACAGAGAGACACGUCAGCGGCAGUGGCGCCUCGGGCGGCUGCUUUACCGACUAUAUCAAUGUCCUUGACGUCGUCGACGCAGAUGUCGCUCACGUCAUCCGAGGAGUCGAGCACGAGUAUCUCGCUUCAUGAAGUCUCCCCCUAG